AUGCGGUGUGGUGGAUUUCACGCGGCUCAGUUGGAUUUGCCGCCUCAACCUCCGCCUCCGCCUCCGCCUCAAACCCCAACCCCCAACCUCAACCUCAACCUCAACCUCCACCUUCACCCUCUUCAGCUAUUUCUUCUAUCUGCUUCUAUCUUCAAAAUCCCCUCUUCUUCAUUAAUCUUGUUUUUCUUGUCCCAACCACCCCUCCUCCACCAUCAACGCCUCCUUUACCCGCCUCCUUCACAGUGCAUUGAUACUACGACGGACCUCGACGCGCUGCUGGUGGACUACAGCGCCAAUACUCGGUAG